AGCGCACCCCAGCCAGAAUAAGCCACCCUAAGCUAGUGUCCAUAACCGAACCGAGCGAGAGAGAGGACGACAACGUAUUUCUACCGAAUUAAUAUCCAAACCACAGAAAAACCAUUGGAUCAGGGUCCAUGAUGGGAAGGUUGUGUGAGGUGGCUCUUGUGUCCCUUGUUGUUGUGUUCGUCCUAAACACUGAAUCAACAUGGGCUAAAAGAGGAAGCAGCAGCAGUGGAAGAAAAACCUCAUCCACUUCCAGUAAAACACAAUCUAAACCAUCCUCUCAGCCAGGAAAUUACCCGCGGCAGCCACAGACUCCUAAUAGAAACAACAACCCUUAUCCUGCUGGCGGAAGUUAUCCAGGAGCAGGCAACCCUAAUCCAGGAGGAGUUCCCAGACAAAACCCACCAAAUUAUCCAGGAGUUGGUAGUAACCCAAACCAGAAUCCUGGUAGAGCCAAUCCUGGUGGUUAUCCAAACCAGAACCCUGCAGGUGGAUAUCCAGCUGGGGGUAGUUAUCCAGGUGCUGGGGGGUAUCCCAACCAAAACCCAGCAAGAGGUUAUCCAAAUCAAAAUCCAGCUGCAGGAGGCUACCCAGCUGCAGGAGGCUACCCAGCAGCAGGAGGGUAUCCCAACCGAUAUCCAGCUGCAGGAGGCUACCCAGUCAGAGGGGGAAAUACAGGACAGGGUUAUGGUCAGCCUCCUGCGUAUCCAGGUGGUGGUUAUGGAGGCGGUGGGUAUGGAGGCGGUGGGUAUGGAGGAGCUGGUUAUGGAGGCGGUGGAUAUCCAGGUGGAGCAGUUGGCGGUUACACCAACUGGAACCCAAAUAAUAAGAUCCUUAGUCCCCGCUUCGGUGGAGGAGGAUAUGGUGGAGGUGGAUAUGGUGGUGGAGGAUAUGGUGGUGGGAUGGGAGGGUCUCCUUUCUCUCGCUCUGUGUCGAGUAUGGGUUACCAGCCCCAAUCUUCAAGUUUUGCCAAAAAAGCUAUGAUGGCAGCAGGCGUUGGUGCUGUGGCUGGAAUGGCCGUUGGAUAUGGAUUAGGGCGUUUCCCACGACCUCACUUCAAUUUCCGCAACCCUGAAGAAGAGCAAUACUACAACAACUACAUGUACCGCAAGUAUGGAACCAAAUCCACAGAUGAAAAAGAUUAUGGCCGUGAUUAUGAGUACAAGCUUCCACCACGCGCCGAGUCUUACGACAAGUUCAUGGGGCGCUGCAUGAAUAGGACUGAUCUUCUUAAAGACCAGGAGAGCGGUUCGACCACGGCUAAAAGUGAAGGUGACCAGGCUGAUGGGGACACAGUCGGCAUAGAGGAGAUUGGAUACCCAGCCCUAAUUGACCAGCUGAAGUCCCGGCGAUGUGUUGAGCAGUACAUGGUGUACUCUGAGCGCUUUCUGGAGGAACGAAAAGCCGAGCAGCGAAAUGCAGAAAAUCGCAGCAGCCCUCUAAGCUUCGGGGUGUUUCAACUUUUCACAUCCCUCCUGAUGCUUCUUUCCAGCAUGCUCUUACUCCAGUGAGAACAAUAUUUCCAUACCCGAAAUGUAUUUCUACUUCCUCCAUUAACUCUGCACGUCAACAUACUACUAUUGGAUCUCUUCCGUCACAUUUAGUCAAUCCUCUAUUAUUCUCUAUAUGUGUAUAUAACCGAGUCAGUUAUCAGAAGCAGCAAUCAGUUUAAACUUUUACAGUAAGAUCAUUAGUUGUGUGUCGUACAAACUGCACAUUGUUUUCUUGUCAAUUCUCUCAUGAAAUAGUCUUGCAUCUCAUGUUAUUUUUGCACUUUUUUACUCCACAUUAUUGCGCACUGAAUACAUAGAAACCAGAUUCAGGGUAUUCUAGAUCAGUUUUUGUGACGAUGUAUUGUGACAUCCUUUUUUGUGCUACUGUAUGAGAUAGGAAUAUGAAACUAAGGGUUUAAAUUAUGUACACAAACAUGCAAUUAACAUCAUUCAUAGUUUUUUAUUAUCAUUCUGGACGAUUGGACAGACUGAUAUUUCAAUUGGUUAAAAUGCUUAAUCAAAGGAAAUGUGUUUUCAUGAAAUAUAAAUGAAUGUUUAAGCCAGGGUUUAACUAACUUUCACAAACUGUGUUUUCAAAGUAGAGUUCCUGAUUGUCAAUGCAAUGUUCAGGGGUAGUGAUCAUUCGCAAAUAAUGAGAACCAACACAGAGAUAAUUCAUUCAGCUUUUUUUUAAGAAGCACAAAAUAAGAUAUGUUAUAAACCAGAAAGAAGAAAUAAAUGCCUUGUAAUGGCCAGUGAGAUGCACUAAUUGGGAAUGGGACUUUUUGAUGGCCCCUAAUUGUGUUUACAAAUUAAAUCAAGCUUCCCUUAUGAACAUGAAAUUGUGUUAACCCUAAUGGGAAAUGUUGGAGUCCAUUUCCAUUAAGAUAAAAGGCUUACUAUUAUAAACUCAUAUGUGCAGUCAGCGCAAGACUGAAGGUGUCCUAAUAAGUAAAGCCCCACCCUUCUCAGGAACAUAACACCCACAUAUUGCUUCUGUGUUGCCUGUUAAAUCCUAUACUGCAUGUUUUAGCUUUAGGCAGUGAGUGAGCAUGAGUCCUUUGAUGUGCAGCAAAUGUCGUCAUUAGAGGUGAAGUGAUGUGGCUUUGUGCCUGCAGCUGUCGAGAUCAAUUUGUUGAUCAUUGCGCCUGAUGCUUUAAAUCUGUGCUGUGCUACAUGCUGGAGUUUGAGGUUUUUAAACAGAUAGCAUCUACAACAAUUCAAUACUUUAUUCCUUAAUUCUGGUAUUCAAGAACCAAGCUUUAUAUCUGUAACCCUACUCAUCACACACAGUGUAUUCAUGUCAUUUGUAUGGUUGGAAAUUUGGAUUCUUGUUUAUCUUUCCAGUCUUUCCAUCACCUGAAUUGUCAUUAUCAUCAGUCACAUUUUAAGUGUUUGCAGGUCUGUAAAUACCUCUGUUAAAUGUUCACAAACUCAAGCUUCCCCUGGCUUUUUAUGAUCUUUGUCUCUCCAUGAAUUAUUCUGCUCUAAUUUUCCUCCCACUGGGUUUAGGAGUAUGGGUUUUAAUGAAGUUUAUCCGUACAUUAUUUCUCUUGUUUGUAAUUCUCUUACUUUCCCAGUUUGUUGUAUUUUAUCUGACAGUUAUUUCCGGUCUCUCUUGGUUUUGUUAUGCACUUCGUAACUAUGUAUCAAAUAAAAGGUUCUGUAAAUGAAGUUUGCAGGAUUAUGAAGGGAGUUUCAACCAAGUAAAUGUCUCUAUACAGUUCAGAGUAUUGAUAGUACUGUGUUCUGUCUGGUAUUGGUAUGUUAAACACACUAUGUGUAGUAAUGAAGAAAAUGACUUGAAUACUGUCCAGUUUUUGACAGUUUAUCUGGAAGUGAAAUGCACUGUUGUAUUGUGAUUUAUUUUGUAUGAUUUUGAUCUCAGAGUUAUUUUGUUUUCAUUCUGCACCUUUGGUAUUUCCUUUUCACUUUUGUUGAUUUUGGCAAGGUUGAUUUUAAAUUAAUGUAACACUUUCAUACUGUCUAGACUGUAGAAUAUCUGUAAAGUGCACUUAUUUCACUUAGGUUUAGAUAUUCUGUAACUGCGUCAUGGAGCUCAUAGGGGGGUUGCAGACAUCUAAAUCUUCCAGUUUUGACUUGCAGUUGUUAACGCUUUGGGUUACUAAUAUGGUUUAAUAUUGUUUGUCAUGGAUGUUUGUGUGUUAAAUAAAAUAAGUAACAAACUAA